GCUAGAAAAUAUUUCACGAUCGCUGCUAAGGUCAGCGGGCUUCUAAGUCAAUCGGUCAGUCGUGGUCGGGCCUCGUGGUUGAUCGACUAUCGGGAAUUAUUAUAUAUUAUUUGGAACGGGAUUCUAAAAGAGAAAAGAAACAUGCCGAUCGCGAAGAAAAAAGUAUGCAUCGUCGGCAGCGGCAAUUGGGGCUCGGCAAUCGCGAAAAUCGUCGGGGCAAAUGUCACGAAAUACAAUAAUAUAUUCGAGACACGAGUGACGAUGUAUGUGUAUGAGGAAAUCAUCAACAAUGAAAAACUGACUGAUAUAAUCAACACUCUUCACGAGAACGUUAAAUAUUUACCUGGGCACAAACUUCCGGAAAAUGUGGUUGCCAUACCCGAUGUUGUGGAGGCCGCAAAGGAGGCCGAUAUCCUCAUUUUUGUCUUGCCUCAUCAGUUUAUUCGCACCUUAUGCUCGACGCUGCUGGAUAACAUAAAACCAACCGCGGUCGGUCUUUCUCUCAUUAAGGGUUUCGGACGAGGCGAAGGAAACAAUAUUGAGUUAAUCUCCAAGAUUAUCGAGAAAAAUCUAAGAAUACAGUGUAACGUUUUAAUGGGCGCCAAUCUCGCUAAUGAGGUCGCCGAGGAAAAGUUCUGCGAAACUACGAUUGGAUGUAAAGAUAAACGAUUGGCGCCGGUGCUAAGAGACCUCAUUCAGACUCAAAAUUUCCGAGUGGUUGUUGUAGAAGAUUGCGAGACUGUGGAAGUUUGUGGAGCUCUGAAGAACAUAGUGGCAUGCGCUGCCGGUUUUGUGGAUGGUCUCGGAUUUGGAGAUAACACAAAAGCCGCAGUCAUCCGAUUAGGACUGAUGGAGAUGAUCAAAUUUGUCGAUAUCUUUUACAGCGGUUCUAAACUUUCCACAUUCUUCGAAAGCUGCGGUAUGGCAGAUCUGAUUACAACUUGCUAUGGAGGAAGGAAUCGCAGAGUCUGCGAACAAUUUGUCAAAACUGGCAAGACUAUCAAGGCAUUGGAAGACGAACUGUUAGCCGGACAGAAGCUACAGGGACCAGCAACGGCAGAGGAAGUCCACGAUAUGCUGAAGGCGCGUGGCCUGGCGGACAAGUUUCCACUAUUUACAGCGGUGCAUCGCAUCUGUAUCGAUCAGUUGCGACCGGCGGAUCUCAUUGAUCAGAUCCGUAGUCAUCCCGAGCAUGUGGUGAGAUUAGAAGAGGGAAGUGCAUAAUUCAUAUAGAAUUAACUGCAUUCAAUUGGACUCUUGUAGGAACAACCUGAAACAUCAGGAAGGAAAUAAAUUAAGCAGUAAAGACUUGUACUCUACGCAUCUAUUAUAAUUAUAUUGCUGUAAAUAAAGAUAUCUUAAUUAUAUGAAAUAAAA